GUCAAAAUUCAUUCAACUGUCAAACUCGGAGCUCGAAAAACAACAACAAACCGCAAGAAUUUCCAUAUUUUCCCGUUUUUCGCUGUAAAUAAGGCAAGAAAAAUGCGUCUUUCGAUGUCACUUUUCACCAAAUUUGGCUCCAACUUGAAGGAGAUGCGAAUUAUUGUGUGUCAAACGGGAAAAGAAUCGGCUGGCGUGAGAGAGUUUAUCAAUAAACAUUUUGUGCAAAUUAAGCAAGCAAAUCCAUCGGUACCGAUUUUAAUAAGGGAAUGCGAAGGAGCUCAACCGAGAUUGUAUGCGAGAUAUGGAUUUGGAAAGGAAAAGUCAGUUAGCUUAACGAAUGCAACUGCUGAUGAUGUCUUAAAACACGUCACAGGACAUGGAACAGCAAAUUUUUAGAUGAAAAAGUACAAAAAUAGUAAAUAAAUAAAUCUCGAAGCUCAUUUUGACAAAA